GCGGAGCGAAGGCGGCACCGCCUCCCUCAUCUCCUCCUCCUGAACUCGGUCCCCGGCCAGAGCGCCUGGGGAAGGUGCCGUCCUUCCGGAACGGGAAGAGGCGGGCGCAGGCUGGCGCGAAGAGGUGCUGGGCAACAUGCUUCAGGAAGGCGCCCACGGGCGGUGGACUGUGUCUAGCAGUGAGGACAGCACUGAAGAGAAUUCUGACAGCGAAAAGCCCUCGACGUCCUCGCUGCCGUGUGCCCAGCGCAGUGAAGCGAGUGCGCCGCAGUACCUCUGCUCUGAGGCCAGGAGGGCCGCUCACAAAAGGAAGGCUUCUCCGCUGAAGUUUGUUGACACGUGUCUCCCUGCGCAUACACCUCCUGCAGAAAAGCAGAGGCCUGGCCAGGAGGGCUUGGGAUGGUGCCUUUCUAGUAGCGAUGAAGAGCCUGAAGACCAGGUGAAGCAUGCCAGCAAGGAAACACCGAAAGAGGAAAAGUGCGAUGCACCCAGAGAGCAACCUCGGAGUCAUUGCAAAGAUGAACAUUCAAAGGGUGUGAAAGCAGAGGACUAUAAUGAAGCACCUGGUGAACCCCAAGAUACCUGGGAUUUGCUGAGUGGAGGGAACCCUUUUGGGUUUUUUCUCACCAAAGUUAGGGGAAUUGAGCAGAGCUAUAAUUCUGGAGCCCUGCACAUAAAAGAUAUUUUGUCUCCUCUUUUUGGGACCCUUGUAUCUUCUGCUCAGUUUAACUACUGUAUAGACGUGGCAUGGCUCGUAAGACAGUAUCCACAGGAAUACAGGAAGAAGCCACUGCUGAUAGUUCAUGGUGAAAAGAGAGAGUCCAAAGCUGAACUACUUGCACAAGCACGCCCUUUUGAGAACAUUAGCUUCUGUCAGGCCAAGCUGGAUAUUGCAUUUGGAACUCACCAUACGAAAAUGAUGUUGUUAUUAUAUGAAGAAGGUUUUCGAGUUGUGAUACAUACAUCCAAUCUUAUUGCUGAAGACUGGCACCAGAAAACUCAGGGAAUGUGGCUAAGCCCUUUAUAUCCAAGGCUACCUCAGGGAUCAUCUGAUUCUGCUGGUGAAUCUGAAACUAAUUUUAAAUCUGACUUAAUAAGUUACUUGAUGGCUUACAAUUCUCCUGUGCUCAAGGAAUGGAUAGAUCUGAUUCGAGAGCAUGAUUUAUCAGAGACAAGAGUGUAUCUGCUUGGUUCUACCCCUGGACGAUAUCAAGGUAUUGAUAAAGAGAAGUGGGGUCAUCUUAGGCUCAGAAAGCUUUUGAAAGAGCAUACUUCAUCAAUACCAGCACAGGAAUCUUGGCCUGUUGUAGGACAGUUCUCAAGCAUUGGUUCCCUGGGAGCAGAUGGGUCCAAAUGGCUGUGCUCAGAAUUCCAGGAGAGCCUGGUGGCUGCAGGCAGUGGUGUGUCAGCUCUUCUUAAAUGUGAUGUUCCAAUUCAUUUGGUUUAUCCUACUGUGAACAAUGUGAGGCAAAGUCUGGAAGGCUAUCCUGCUGGUGGUUCCCUUCCAUACAGCAUACAGACAGCACAGAAACAGCUGUGGUUACAUUCCUAUUUUCACAAAUGGUCAGCAGAAGUCUCUGGUCGAAGUCAUGCCAUGCCUCACAUCAAGACAUACAUGAGACCUUCUCAUGACUUCCAGAAGAUUGCAUGGUUUUUAGUUACAAGUGCCAAUCUAUCUAAAGCAGCAUGGGGAGCUCUGGAGAAAAAUGGCACCCAAUUGAUGAUCCGUUCAUAUGAACUUGGAGUCCUUUUCUUGCCUUCAGCAUUUGGAUUGGACAACGGUUACUUCCAUGUGAAAGGGAAAAUGCUUUCAGAAGGUAAAGAUUCAGCAACAUCUUUUCCUGUGCCAUUUGAUCUGCCUCCAGAACAGUAUGGAAGCAAAGACCAGCCGUGGAUUUGGAAUAUUCCUUACACUAGUGCCCCUGAUACGCAUGGAAAUAUGUGGGUUCCGUCAUGAAUGUUUCCAGUGUUUUGUGACGUUUCACUUGCUGACACUGAGCCUGCAAGACUAAUGCAAGACUGCUUAUUUCUUUCUUAAAGCUGUAAUGUCUGCUAAAAAGGCUAUGUUGAAGUUGAAAGGUAAAUGUUGAUAAUGGAGAGAUUCUUGAAGAAUUCAUAACAAUAAAUGAACUUGUAACUGCAUUUUUAAAAGUAACUUUUUGUAUGUCUUCUCAUUAGUUCUCUUUCCAGUAUACUUUUCAACACUGAAAGCAGACUGUUCUCAGAGAUUCUCUCAGUAUUUUUAGCAGUAGUGGAUUUAAAUGUUAUUGUUUUGAGUGUCUACCAGUUGGCCUCAGCAGCUCUUAAAAAAAAUUGUGUUAAGUUUAAAUAAAGUCAACCUUGUUUAUGUA